UACGUUGUUGAUAUCUCACAUCUUGAACACUCCCCUUUCGGAACACUCACUUCUAGGACUCGUUCAAAAUUUAAACAUGUCUCGCCUGUCGGUACUCAGCGGUUUAAGGCGUAGUAUCCUCCGCUCCGCCAAGAAUCCAAGAUACAUCCUGCGUUGUCUGUCCGACAAUUCAGAUACGACCUCUACAACAAAUUCCUCGGACGAGACCCAAAGUAAUCUGAAGAAAUUCGAGAGGGCGGAGCAAGUGGAACACACAAGUCACUUGUUUGUAUUGCCGAAUGUGAAGGACAAUAACAUCCAUUAUGAAGAACGUAAGCAGGACACCGAUGAUGAUAUCACUGCCACUUGGGGUUGGAAAAACAACGAACUGGACGUGGAGCAGUUGGCGGGAAUGCCCGGGCCCUCAGAGGUGGAGGAUCCGUAUAUGAAGAUUGAGGAGGAAACCGAGGACGACCAUUGCGGAAUUCAAGAGGAACUGCAGUUCGAAGAAAUGCGCUCCCGGCGGGAAAAGCUGACUAAGGAUCUGGACUCUCAAGAACCCUUUGCCAGCUUUGAACGAAACUCUCUUACUUCCGUGCGGAAAAAUGUGGACUUUAUGAUGCAGGAACUUAGUCAGAUUUCCCUGCUCUUAAAUACGCUCUACCCAGAGGAAUCCACUUUGGUAAGCAAUGCUAUGGGUAAAGCAGAUAAUACCAUGGGUAAAAUCUAUUCGGGACCCGAAAUGGCUUCUUGGGCAUUCAACCAAAAUAUGGAGAAGAACCUGGAUCAUGAGGAGGAAUCAAAUCAGGGGUCUGAGUUACCCAGUGCAGUGUCUGAACCCUCUGUUUCGGAUGUUGAAGGGAACUUGAAUCUUGAGGAGGAAUCGAAUCAGUCCUUAAUCUCCGAGUUGAACAGUUCGAUGUCCGAUCAAUCUGGAUUGGAAGAAGUACAGAGUUACAUAGCUAAUGAGACUGAUGACAUCGAUGAGUUGGAACCCGUAACCGCUGAGCUGCCACAAGAAACUGCGGAAAUUGAGCAGAUAGUGUCCGCUGGCGAUAGCCAAGAAUCCAGCCCCUCGAAAACUAUUGAGAUUAAUCCCAAGACAGAUGACAAACAGGACAUGCAGCCCAAGGAACAUAUACACAUCUACAGACCCUUUAAGACCAUCGAAGUUCCGGUCAAUCAGCCCACUAAAAAUCUGAGCUUGGAGUCAAAUGAAGAGCAGCCUUCUAGCCAGGAAAACCUAUCGAUCACCGACCAUUUGGACAACACGGGCUAUACGGUUUCAGCCCAGCUUACGGAACCCGAGUCCCGUCUGCUGAUGCGCAUGGCUCUGAAGCAGGCUUUGAACGAUCUGGAGUCCGGCAAAAGCAAGUACAAAGCCACCAUUCUGGAGGCAGAUACUGAGUGAAAUAACAACCACCAAGAAACAAAUAUAAAUGCAUAUAUAAAAGCUAAACUUUA